CCUCCCCCUCUCCCUUCGUGCGUUAUAGUACUCACCCUCCUCCCAUCUCCUGUUUCCCCCUUGUCGCUUCUUCUUCCUCCUCAUUCCCUCACAUCCUCUCGUUUCCUCCGCCGGGCUCCAGACAGACCGCAGGAUGUCCAUAGUGAACAUUGUUGCCAGGGAGAUUCUGGACUCCAGGGGUAACCCAACAGUGGAAGUAGAUCUUCAUACCAAUAAAGGUUUGUUUCGGGCAGCAGUGCCGAGCGGAGCCUCUACCGGCAUCUAUGAGGCUCUGGAACUGCGAGAUGGAGACAAGACUCGUUACAAGGGCAAAGGUGUAACCAAGGCGGUUGGUCACAUUAAUGACAGCAUCGCACCUGCCCUCAUCCAAUCAGGCGUCAGCGUGCUGGAGCAGGAAAAGCUGGACAACUUGAUGAUCGAAAUGGACGGCACUGAAAACAAAUCUAAGUAUGGGGCCAACGCCAUACUUGGAGUGUCACUGGCCGUAUGCAAAGCAGGAGCAGCGGAGAAAGGUGUGCCCCUCUACCGUCACAUUGCGGACCUGGCGGGAAACAGAGACCUUGUCCUUCCGGUUCCUGCUUUUAACGUGAUCAACGGGGGCUCCCAUGCUGGAAACAGACUGGCCAUGCAAGAGUUCAUGGUACUUCCUGUUGGGGCGGAGUCAUUCCGUGAGGCCUUGCGUGUAGGGGCGGAGCUCUACCAGACUCUGAGGUGUGUCAUCAAGGAGAAGUACGGCCAGGAUGCUACAAAUGUAGGGGACGAGGGAGGAUUCGCUCCGAACAUUCAGGAGAACAGUGAAGCUCUGGAGCUGAUCAAGACGGCCAUAGAGAAUGCGGGCUACACAGACAAAGUGGUGAUUGGGAUGGAUGUGGCUGCCUCGGAGUUCUUCAUUGAGGGGAAGUAUGACCUUGACUUCAAGUCUGCGCCUAACGCCGCACGCAACAUCAGCGGCGAUGAGCUGGCCAGCAUCUACCAAGGCUUUAUCAACAACUACCCAGUUGUGUCCAUUGAAGACCCCUUUGACCAAGAUGACUGGCCUGCUUGGACUCAGUUUACAUCCUCAGUGGGCAUCCAGGUGGUUGGGGAUGAUCUAACGGUCACCAACCCACGUCGGAUACAACGAGCCGUGGAGGAAAAGGCCUGCAACUGUCUUCUCCUUAAAGUCAACCAGAUUGGUUCCAUCACAGAGGCCAUUAAGGCGUGUAAGCUGGCUCAGGAGAACGGCUGGGGAGUGAUGGUGAGCCACCGCUCAGGUGAGACAGAGGACACCUUUAUAGCCGACCUGGUGGUGGGACUCUGCACUGGACAGAUUAAAACUGGAGCUCCUUGUCGCUCGGAACGUUUGGCUAAAUACAAUCAGCUCAUGAGGAUUGAGGAAGAGUUGGGUGACCAGGCUCGCUUUGCUGGACACAACUUCCGUAACCCCAGUGCACUUUGAACUCCAGUAGUGACAAUAAAAGGGGAAUAUAUGUAACAGCAAUCAUUGUGUAAAAUGCAAAACAAAUAUUGUGUUGCUACAGGCUUUACUGACUUGUUGUUGUUAGUGUCUCCCUGCACUGAUCUCCCAUCUCUACUUUUUGUCAACUGUGGAUGUCUUCUACUCUUGAUUGUGCUUUACCAACUUCUCAGACUUUCCUGUACUGUGAACACCAAGCAUCUUUAAACAUUAUUGUGUGUGUCAUUGUGGCAAAUAAAUAUAUA